AUGAACGAAGGGACGCUCCGAAACAUAAUGGUGGAAUCUAAAGACCUCAACAGCUCGCAGAGAAGACGGUCGCCGCGUUUAAGUUAUCCUCCUCAAGCUAACAUGAAACCUGACAACAAAAUGGCGCUGACCCUGGUUGGUGUCAAACGCUCCAUAACUGUGAGGAAAAUAGCAUCCAGGAAAACAGUCGUACAGUCGGAGCACAACAAGGAAAACACGCCAAGCCGACCGGUGUCUCGUAGCAGCGAGAAGAAGAGUCAGCAGAUCUCCACCCCGACUCCUGUUCCAAGCUGCGGGCGCUCGCCCUCGACCAGACGGACGAAGAAGGCCGCUGUGCUGUCACCGAUCCUCCCCUCCUCACCGCCGGCCCAGUCUCACACACAACAACCUGCUGCGGAUCCAGAGGACACGGUGUGGUCUCAAAAAGUGCGGCGCUCCUACAGUAGACUCAGCGACCAGUCCCUCCAUAGCCCCGACUCUCGGGAGAACCUGUUCGGCUUUGGGAAGCUGAAAACACCCGAGGUGGGCCCGAGAGCUCUGCGGCCCAAGACGGGUCUGGAGGUGUCCUCGGGGUCCUUGUGUGGCCUGAACUCAUUCACGUCACUGCUAGAGGCGGACGACCGUGGCUCAGCUUUGCCCGAGCACGAUCCACACAUCCCCGGGGUGGCUCUGGUGAAGGAGAAGAGAAGCAGGCGGAAGAAGGUCCAGCAGAUCGGCACCACGGAGCUGGACGCACUGGCUGCAGAGAUGAACGCAGAGUUUGAAGAGGCAGAGGAGUUUGAGCUACUUGUGGAGUAAAUAAUGGGACUGAAGGUUGAUGUUAUGGAUGUUAUUUGUGUCUGUGACAUGCUGACAAACACUGACUCUGGAAGGACAAAACCCUUCAGUGUGAAUCACUCACGUUUUUGUAUUUUUCCUGUUCUAGAUAUAAUGUACAUUUUAAUGCUUUGGUGAUUCGUAUGUUUUCAUUUAAAUGUUCUUAUUUUGCAGUAUAUGAAAAAGUAAAACCCUAAAGCGUGUUCUUAGUUUGGGUUGUUUUUGGCAUAUUAAACAGAUUUAGUUUACUGUGAUCAAAUAUUUUAUAUUUUAGUUUGGCAAAAGGAAAUUGCACUUUGAAAUUGCAAGUUUUCAUAAGUGUUUUGACUAUUAAUUGUUCAGUCUCAAACUUGGAGCGUAGACACAUGGGCCUCGUUUGACAGCUUAAUCUAGAUGAUCGCACAUGGAAGUAUUGGUUUGGAAACCUCCAAACACUGUUUGCGGGAUGGGGAGACAUGUGGAUCAUCUCUGUAUUCAUAGUAUUUAUAUCAGUGGACAACAACUGAAACGUAAACAGUAGUUUAGAUACUACCCUUAUGUUUUGCACCCAUCGAUGUGGUUCUUACUUGUUAUGCUUCAUCAUCAUUAAAGACAACAUUUUUUUUGAAUUUGUUGCCUGUAAAUAUAAAUAUAUACAGUUAAGCCAAGAAGUCACAUGAACUGGAUUAAGGAUUAGAGGUUAAAUUAAAAAAUUUAAUUUUCAGUGCUGGCCAUAAUGACAAUGUUAAGUCAACCAUUAAAAUAAUACAGCUGUGGUUAAAAUUACAAUCUUUAAAAAUAAACCUUUUUUUUUCGGGGGUCAGUAAAAAAUGUUUGAC